AUGGAUGCUUUUGGAGAAUUAUUGCCUAGUAUACCAACACAUUUACUCGAUUGUUACCGAAAUGGGGGACCUGAAUUAGGCGCACCGAGGCGCCUAGACGUAUUUCUAUCUCUAGUCAGGCGAUUGGAACUCAAAACAAAUCUAGAUUUGAGGUUGUUUAGCACAGCUUUAUUGAGAAGUUUGCGGCUGGAUGGUGUGGAGGAAGCGGCUAAUGUAGUUGAAACAGAGUUCGUUCUACCAUACAGAGCUUCAGCUUUCCAGUUUCACAAGUACAAAUUGCUUAUGGAUAUAUUUUUACCAAGCCAAGAUCUAAUUGAUGCAGAUGAAUUCUUUUCUAUCGAAGAAAAAUGUUUACUCCAUAAGAUUAUAAGUUCUACAGUGCGACCGUGGGAAAGGGGUGAUGAAAAUAUAGUGUGCCCACUGUCCAUACAACAAAGACAAAAUAUUGUUUCGUCUAGUCGUAAUAGGAUUAAUAGUAGAUGUCCCAUUGAAGAUGGUGUGAUACAAUCUUCUUGGGGUCCUGUAUCUCCUGGAACUCUCGUAGCAGCCAUCGCGUCGUCUUUAGAAGCUCAAAGAAUAUUAGUAACUGAUAUUUUACAAGCAAAUUUAUUCAAAGCAGAAGUCCCAUCGUCUUUAAUUAAUAUGGCUUUGAAAGAAUGGGAUUCAAAAUUGGAAAAGCUAAAUGAUAUCGAGGAUCCGAGUGGUAGUGCCGCUGCCGAUAUAAGUAACAUAUGGGCUGCAACGUUAGCAGGGGAUUUAGCAGAAGUAGCACUAAACCAAGGGUCGAGAGUAGGCGCUGCACCACAGCGCCUGAUAGUUGGCACAAAUAACAGAUGGAAUGACACAUUUUUACCGCGAGAUUUUUAUCUGUUUAUGCAGAAUAGUUCAUCAACUGAUUGGCAUAUGACAGACGCUGAAAUUUUGGCGGGAAUCGAUGGUUUAAUCUUGUCUAAUUACGUACCAUCAUGGAUCGAACAACGCAGAACGUUGCGAUUAUCACAAAUAAUCGAGAUGUAUUAUUCCAAUGAAGGGGUAUCGUUCGAGCCCAAAGUGCGAGCGUGUAACAGACAAGCUUUGUUCUCCGAUAUAGUGAACAGGGAGCAAUUAUACAAAGAAACUUCUCGACUAGCACACAUACUGUCGUUACGGCAAAUCACUGUUUACAUACCGGUCGAAGAAAUGAAUAGGAUCACUGAUGCUGCAGUCACUGCGUUCAUGGAUUAUGUUCCAUCACUGUUACGGCAGUACCACGUAGAAUGUACAGCCAGCCAAAAUAUACCCGCAAUGGAUUUAAUUAUAGCUACCGAUAGCUCGUGGAGAGGAUAUCAAGUAGAACAAUUUAUGUCAUGGAUCGGUGGCGCACUUGAGAUAAACAUGCAAAAGAGUACAAUAGCAUUACUACAUGGAAACACGGGCGAAUGGAUCGUACCGAAAACGCAAAAUCUAACAAGCGCAUUUGCAACAUUAUCCAACAAUACCAAAGAAUGGCCAAAUCGUCUUAACCUCCCGAACGUUAUAUCAGCUGUAAUACAACACAUACGAAACGAGACGCUCGAAGAUAUUCAGGAUAUGAGGAGUGCGGGCCCGAGUACUGUCGUUCUUAUAGUCAGUCCAACAGAUCGGCUGUCUUCGAACGACCUGAAUAGAUCUAGAAUGCUCAUGAGUUCGCUGCGCACGAGUUUCUUUGACGUGUACUUCGCGUACGCAGCGCAAGAUACGUCCGAUUUCAAAAAUAUCAACAAUGAGUAUAUGGAUUAUUCGGAACUAUUUUUAACGGUUUCAUCGACGUCAAUAACAGACGUAACUAGCGCAGUUGCGACGCAUUUGGUGAAAAACAUAAUUCCGUCUAGGAUAUCGGGUCCUCAGUGCUCCUUCAAUGGGACGGAUUAUGUGCAAGUGCCUUAUGAGGACUACGUGCUGCCGGGCCGAGAGCAGUCGUAUCGCAUUCAUCCGUUUUAUUUAAGGCAACAAGCGAUUAUUAAUGUACAGUUUCGUAACGAUGGCCACGGCAGGAUUUUGGUUUGCAUGUGGCGCGGGGCGGAGUCGUCUCACACGUGUCAAUCGAUAAACGAACGAGAUGUGUUCACGUUUAAUUUGACCAAGCCUUGCCCUUCGCCGAAUUUUUGCACCCCGGCCCGAUUUCUUGUUACCGCACAAACAACUUUGAACUUGUGUGCACAUAGCGAUUGCCGCCUGCCGCAUCAAGUGGGUUACUACAUACAACAUUCUGGUUUGCGCUGCUUGCCGCUCAUGGGAUCAUCGGUCAGUACGGCGCCGAUUUCGAAAGUAUUAUUGCUUUCUCUCGUGAUCUCAUUAUUGUAUUAUUGGUUUUAA